UCUCAAAAAAUCCCGCCCAAAACUUCCGCCUCCCUGUUUCAUAGACUCUCAUUAUAUUCCCAUUUUCCCCCUUUCUUGCUCCUUAAGGCGAUGGGUCCAGCAGUUCUGAGUUCCCACACCAAUGGCUUCUCCAAAUCAGUAGAUCGAAACUUCGAAGAGAAAAGCAAUUACAUCAAUGGAGAUUCUUCUCAUGAAUCGGUAAUCAAUAAUGUUAAUGGCAACGAUUGCUAUUGGUUCGAGGAAAUCAUCGACGAAAAUCUCAAAUGGUCUUUUGCUCUGAAUAGCGUUCUGCAGAAAGGAACCAGCGAGUUUCAGGAUAUCGCGUUAUUAGAUACCAAGUGUUUCGGAAAAGCAUUGAUGAUCGACGGGAAGAUGCAGAGCGCUGAAGCCGAUGAAUUCGUCUAUCAUGAAUGCUUGAUUCAUCCCGCACUAUUAUGCCAUUCCAACCCGAAAACGGUAUUCAUAAUGGGAGGUGGGGAAGGUUCAGCGGCAAGAGAAGUCCUCAAACACAGAUCAAUAGAAAAAGUUGUCAUGUGCGAUAUCGAUCAAGAUGUAGUGGAUUUCUGCCGUAAAUAUUUGACUGUGAACCAGGAGACAUUUUGUCACAAAAAGCUUCAUCUUGUAAUAAACGACGCCAAGGCGGAAUUGGAAAAGAGAAAGGAGAAAUAUGAUAUAAUUAUAGGAGACCUAGCAGACCCUGUUAAAGAUGGGCCUUGCUACAAGCUCUACACCAAAUCCUUCUACCAGGAGAUCGUCAAGCCAAAGCUCCACGACAAUGGCAUCUUCGUAACUCAGGCAGGACCUGCCGGGAUUUUCACCCACAAAGAGGUUUUUACCUCCAUAUAUAACACAAUCAAACAGACAUUCAACUAUGUGAUUGCUUACACGGCUUACAUACCAUCUUUUGCAGACACGUGGGGAUGGGUUAUGGCAUCAGAUCAUCCUUUCUGUAUAAAAUCUGAGGAUUUGGAUAAGAAAAUUGAAGAUAGAAUCGAUGGGGAGUUGCUCUAUUUAACUGGUCCUUCCAUUGUGUCCUCCACCAUUAUCAACAAGAUGGUUUCUUUAGCGUUGUUGAAUGAAACUCAUAUCUACACUGAAACGACUGCAAAAUUCAUACAUGGUCAAGGAGUUGGAUUCAAGCAACAGAAUGGCGGGAGUUGUCGUGGUGUAUAAAUAUAAUAAUUAAAGACCUUAAACCAUAACACUUUAAUAUUAGACAUCAUUAAGAAGCCCAAUCAACAUUUGUACUCCUUUAACUUAAAUAAAGUGUUGGAGAAUAGUUUUAUUUUGUAUAUGCAAAGGUAAACACUAUUGGAUAUGUAAUGGAUAAAGGUGUUUAAGUAAACUAAAAUCUUUGGCAAUGGAUAUUAUUAUUACUAUCAAA